AUGAGCACCAAAUCCAAACCCACCAGCACCCCAAUAGAGCUGCUCCCAACCGAACAGUCGGCACCAUCAGACCCAGAAACCGCAAAGGUGGACAAGAUGUCCACAAACGUCGCCAUCAUGGCCUGCGGCGCUGGCCUCUUCUCAGACGGAUACCUGAAUGGAAUUAUUGGUGCCGUAAACACGAUCUUGGCUGUGGCCUGGCCGGAGCACUAUACGCCUGACAAGUCGAGAAUUGUGACUUCUGUAUGUUUGAUCAUUGACCCUGCCCCACCCACCCCACUUGGCUUGGCGGAGGUAAUUGGGUUCGCGGGGAUUGUGCUGGGCCAGUUGUCGUUCGGCUUUAUUGUGGAUCGGUGGUCGAGGAAAAUGGGGAUGCUGAUCUCGAGUGGCUUCCUGGUGGUGUGUAGUAUCAUGUCGGCGACGGCGAUUGGAGUGACGCCCGGGCCGGUGGGGGUUAUCCAAGCAUUGAUGGUAUGGCGCUUCUUCCUCGGAAUCGGUAUCGGCGGCGAGUACCCGUCGGGCUCCGUCGCCUGCGCCGAGUCCUCCGCCCAGCGCAAGAAAGGCCGUGAUUUUAUCUUUAUCAUCUUUACCAACACCCACAUCGGGCUCGGCCUUCAAUUCGCCGCCGUCAUGCCAGUAAUCCUUCUCGCGGCCUAUGGCACCGAUCUGCACCGUGUCUGGCGCGUCGCCCUCGGCCUCGGCGCUCUCUUCCCCUUCCUCAUCUUCUUCAUCCGCUUACUUAUCCCCGAAAACGAGCAAUCGCAGCAGCACGCCCUUCGCGACCGCAAAGUCCCGUUCAAGGUGCUCAUGCGCUACUACUGGCGCCCGCUACUAACGUGUAGCGGCGUGUGGUUCAUCUACAACCUCUCGUCGUUCUCGUUCUCGCUGUACAGCUCGUUUAUCGUCAAGACGGUGCUGGGCGAGACAUCGCUGAUAAGGGUGUUUGGGCUCACGGCAUGUAUUCAGCUGUUUUUGAUACCGGGCAGUGUGGCGGGGGCGUGGUUUAGUGAGAGGUUUGGAGCGCAGAGAGGAUUGGCAACGGGAGUGUGGGCGCAGGCGGUUGUCGGGGGUAUCAUUGCGGCGUCAUGGAGCGCCUUAAAGGGGAAUGCGGGAGGGUUAAUUGUGCUGUAUGGACUCUUCAUCUCCCUCGGCGAAUUCGGACCAGGGAACAACAUCGGGCUCCUCUCCGCCAAAUCACCUGCCACCUGCGUGCGCGGCAAGUUCUACGGUAUCGCAGCGGCGUGCGGCAAGUGCGGUGGCUUCAUCGGCACCUACACCUUCAACAUGGUGAUUGCGGCCUGCGGCGGAUUCGAGAGCGAUUGGGGCCUUCGGGCGCCGUUCAUUAUUACGGGGUGUUUGUGUAUUAUAGCCGGGUGUUUAGCGAUGUUUGGGCUGCCGAGGGAGCUGACAAAAGAGGCGAUUCAGGAGGAGGAUAAGAGGUUUGAGACGUAUUUGGAUUCGUUGUAG